CCGGCGAGCUGCCCCCAUGCUGGGCCGGGGCGGUGGCCGGGCCCUCCUCCCGGCUCUGCUUUCCGGAGUACUCCGGAAACAGCCGAGCGGCUUCGCCAGGCCAUCCUCCUUGAUCUCCGGGGUUCUAUGUCGCAGAAUACGCCCGACUUUGCAGAAACCCUCAGGGAUCUAUAUGAAGAUGUCCGACCCCUGGCAAGAGUGCAUGGACUAUGCGGUCACCCUCGCAAGACGAGCUGGAGAGAUGAUCUGUGAAGCUCUAAAAAAUGAGAUGAAUGUUAUGAUUAAAAGUUCUCCAGCUGACUUGGUAACAGUUACCGACCAGAAAGUUGAACAGAUGCUUCUCUCUUCUAUAAAGGAAAAGUACCCAUCUCACAGUUUCAUUGGGGAAGAAUCUGUGGCGGCUGGGGAAAAGACGGUCUUCACAGACAACCCCACGUGGAUCAUUGACCCUAUUGAUGGGACGACCAACUUUGUACAUAGGUUUCCUUUUGUAGCUGUUUCUAUUGGCUUCGUUGUAAAUAAACAGAUGGAGUUUGGAGUUGUGUAUAGCUGUGUGGAAGAUAAGAUGUAUACUGGCAGGAAAGGAAAAGGUGCCUUUUGUAAUGGGCAGAAACUUCGGGUCUCACAACAGGAAGAUAUUAGCAAAUCUCUCUUGGUGACUGAGUUUGGCUCGUCCAGAAAGCCAGAGACUUUACGGACCGUUCUCUCCAACAUGGAAAAGCUUUGCUCCAUUCCCAUCCAUGGAAUCCGGAGUGUUGGAACAGCUGCUGUUAACAUGUGCCUUGUGGCAACUGGAGGCGCAGAUGCAUAUUAUGAGAUGGGGAUUCACUGCUGGGACAUGGCAGGAGCUGGCAUCAUCGUCACCGAAGCGGGUGGAGUGCUGAUGGAUGUGACAGGUGGACCAUUUGAUUUGAUGUCUCGAAGAAUAAUUGCAGCAAAUAAUAAAGCAUUAGCCGAAAGGAUAGCCAAAGAAAUUGAGAUAAUACCUUUACAAAGAGAUGAUGAAAGUUAGUUGGCAUAGAACCGUGUCCAGCUCCAUCACACGUGCUGACCCUGGGAUGUUAGAGGUGUCUGAUGUCACUGGUUUAUAUUUGUCUUUGAGGUCCUGAUUUUAAAAUGGGAACAUUUUUUAAAAAUGACAUAUGCAAAAUUAGAUGGAAUAUUUGAUUGUUGAAAGAAAAUUUUCAUGUAAGAAUGUCUUGGGGACAAUAUACAGGAAGUAUAAUUAAUGAACUAGCCAUGGAAUAGUCACCAGUCCACAUGAUCCCCUUAAAUUUUAAUGUACUAUUUAUAUGCACAGUUCUCAAUUAGAAAGUUUUCCUUUUGUAAAAGUUUUUCUCUUUGUUCCAAAAGCCAUAUUUAAUUAAGUUUGUAAGACUGUAGCAGGCAGGUUCUCUCGUUGCAGAGAGCCUUUUUGUUUUAUUAAUCACUGUAAUUCAGCAUCUGUCAAACAGUAGGCAAUCUAAAAUCACCUUACAAUAAAUACUGGAAGCCGCAGCUCCUGCUUCUAAUGGGUACAGCGUAAGAUGACUAUUCUAUAUCUUUGCUUCCUGUUUUGAAGUUGCAGUUACGUCACUGUCCUUUUUAUAUUUCAUAUUGCCAUGCCAUUUCAUAGGACUGUACUGCCAGAGACGAUUGCUUAUUGUGGGCAUUUCUGCACUUGGUAGACUGCUGUAUGUUGUAGGCUCCGUCUAAACCCCUGUGCUAGAGAGAAAUUUUCACAGUAUCUGCUAUAGUUAGUUGUAGUGUAAUGUUUUACUAAAUAUAGUAUUCACAUUCAGAUACUUAAACUGGUUUUGGCUGUGCUGACAGAUGUAUUAUGGAAUUAAUGGUGAAUGAAGUAUUUGAUUUCUUUCCAAAAUCCUUGCUUAAUUUCAUCACUGCUGUCUGUAUAUUCUAUAAAGAUCUUAGGCCUCUCAAACUCAAGAAGGCCUCUCAAACUCAAGAAGAAAAUUUAAUGGUUCCUAUUCCUUUUUAAAGGAUUAAUUUAUUGUCUAGCCUUGGUCCUUGGCAUAUGAACAGAUAUUUUGUUCUUAGUAUGUUUGAACCUUGUAUUUGAUAAAAUGAAGUGUUCUUGUAAGUUCCAAGGCAGAUAUUAUUUUAUUGUUGGGUGAUUUAAUAUAUUAAAUCUCUAUGAUACUCUGAUUUAGGCACUGUAGUUAAUAUAUUUCUGCUGUUAACUACAUGAUUGAAAACAUCACAUAUCAUGUAAAUUCUAUUAUAAGACAGGUUGUUUUUGCAAUUAAAUUUAUGGUUGGGGAUUUAGCUCAGUGGUAGAGCGCUUGCCUAGCAAGCACAAGGCCCUGAGUUCAGUCCUCAGCUCUGAAAAAAAAAGAAAAAAAAGGUAAAAAUUUAUUUUAAUUAAGACUAUUAUAAAUAACAUUUUAUUUUAUUGUAUUUACUUAUGUAAAUACAAUAAAUUAUGCUGGCUUCACAAUUGUUAUGUAGCUGAGGAUGAACUUGAACUUCAGAUGGUCCUGCCUUUCUCUCUUUAAGUUCCGAGACGCACAGAAGAUGGUUUUGCGCUAUCACAUCCGGUUUAUAUGUGCUAGUGAUGGAACCCAGGGCCUCGUGCUUGCUAGAUAACCCCAGCCCAUAAAUAACAUUUAAAUUAAAAGUGUAAUUAAUGAUAUAGUAUCAAAGUUAUAGUCUCAGCUCUUUUUAGGGGUUUUGAGUUGAGUUACAAAUAUUUGAAACUAAUAUAUACGAUUGGUUAUGUAUUUUUACCUUUUGCAUAUAGUUUUCUCAAAACAGGUAAACACUUAGUAUUUUUCCCCAUGGCUAGCUGUUUGUGUAUAUUCAUGCUUUGGAGGCCCCAGUAUUGCUCAGAUGUCAAUUCCCCCAGGUAGAUAUAUAUAUAGUCAGGAUUUGAAGGAGCUUUCUGUCACUUUAACAAAAUGUGGUGGCAUUCUUGCUGAGCUGCACCUAGCCUGGCCCCAGAGAGUAGCACCUAGCCCUAAUCUGUCUUUUGUUUAGCAGACACCUUUUGUUUCUCUUGUUGCCCUCUGUGUGACGCCUGUCUAGGAGUUUCCCAUGGAUACAAAGGCCUAUGCAAAACUUGAUUCAGGAAACCGGGAAAACUGUGGUACCUGACAAACGGAGGAAUUUGCACUUGGCAUUGUAUUGUUGGGAGCCCCUUUCAGAUUGUUUUGAGCAUAUGGAAAUUAACUGGCUAAACUGUAAUGGCAAGAAAUAAAAAUGCCCGAGGCCAAGGGAAGGUGCUUCAGUCCUUCGAGGCUGGACCCCCCUGCAGCUGUCAAAAGGCCAAAUACAUUCUUAA